UGUCGUGGUUGCGCGCUUUUAUGUUUUGAAAGUUCGGUUUUUGCCACUGCCUGCACACACCAUAGGGAUUUGAAAGCUAAGAAAGGUUCUCAUUUUUUCAAGAAUCCAAACAAAAACAAAGCUAGCAUAGACUCCCGAACAGUUGGCGUUGGCAGCGGCCGUAUGGAACUGUCUGGCGGCGACGUCGUUGAUGAUGUAGAAAAGAAUACAGUCCUUCUUCCUUCUUGAUCGCCGAAGUUUCGUGCAAAACUUUAAUGAUAAAAAAAACAAACAAACUAAUGCAAAGCAACCUCUGUGCAGAGGAGCAGGCGUAGGUUGAGUUUUCUUGAGGCAGAGCUAGUCCCUUGAAUUCUGUGGGUGAUCUAUGAAAGUAAAAUUUGACGCGUGCAGUGACACGACGGAAUCUCGAACCAUUUUGGAGCGCUCACUUCGCUGGCCGACGCGUCUUGAUCAGAUACACUGAUAGCGGUCGCCGAUCUCCAAUAUUCGAUAGCGAAGCAACAAUAACAACAUCAACAACAACAACAACAACCAAACGAUAUAUUUGAUUAGUGACAAGUGUAGUGACAGCGCGGUAAUAAUCGUUUCAGUGAAUAGGCGAAGAUCCGCCCGUGCAGAUACCGGAGUGGAAGCAAAGCGAUACUCCACAAACAAGCGAAUAUUUCUGAUUGUUAGUUUGAUUGGUUGGAAAUCGGAAUCGGAAGACUUUGGGAGUCGAACGCGACGACGGUCUGCCCUCUACUUUCAAUCGCAACGCGUAGCCGGGACCAGACGGACGCGUGACGGCGCUCUGCGUAUGUGUGUAGGUUUGCAGCGACCGGCCGAGAUUGAGACCACCGAGAUUCCACGUGUUUGUCGACCCGUCCGAUGAAACAAGAAAAUUGUUAAGAUUCGAAAUAAAAAAAAACAUAUUGCGUAAUCAUGAUCAAAGAUUAAUUUAUCUGAGAUAUUCAGAAACCCGUCACUCGCCAGAUGGAGUGUGAAUUUUCCUACUAAUUAACGUUCGACUCCGGAGAAAGCUGCCCGGGCAGAGGAAGGUGCGUCGGAAAACUGGAAAACUCAAAUCGUGUGAACUUUCAAAGCGCAACUGAGAAAUCCGAUGAAUAUUCAGUGGAUGAGUCUGCCAAAAUCCGAACAUAAAUCACCGGAAUGAGCAGUGAAAUUUGCGUAUAGAUCGUCCGACAGAUGGCCGCUAGGCAAAAGUAAAAUGAUACUUAUCGCUCGUUAUUGUGUUUUGAUGGACUAGCAACUAGAUAAACGAGUUUUGUUUUUGAUGGGAUUCGAUUAGCUUGCCACAUGCGGUCACGGUGAUUCUCUCAUCGAAGAAUUGGAAGAAGCCUACGAAGCUGCCCCUAAGAUGACUAAGUGUGAUAGAUCAAUUGGUCAUGGCGGAUCCCCAGUGAAUUGAGCCGGUCGAAUUGAUUUUCCGUAGUGUACUUUAGAGCAGGGAUUUUCACGCACAUUGUUGAAGUUCUAUUACAGUGCGGACCCGACAGCGGGUCCCAGUGAGACUGAAAUGGAUAUGACCUCGGCAGCGGAAGCUCGCAGCUGGUACGACAACCAGCGGCUCGGUGGAUCUCCGAGCACCUCGGCUGCUGCCCUCGGGCACCAAUCGGCGGCAGCGGGUGUCGAUCCGUCCGAGAUGAACCCAUUCUAUCCGCUCGAAAAUGGCACCCACCGGCGGUAUUAUCCCAGCAGCUACGGACCCCACGCCUCCCGCAUGGCGGCAUCGCACGUUUCGUCGCAGGUCUGUCGACCGCACUUCCACGGGCCACUGUCCUGGCUAAGUGACCCGGCCAAACCGAUCGCAUCCGGCAGUGCCUGGGGCAGCCCGUUCGCCUGUCCCCAGGAUCCCCAGGACAAGCUAAGUCAGGCAGCGGCAGCCGUGGCCGCGGUGGGCCAGGGUGGCAGCCAAGGUGGCGUCAGCAGUAGCCAACACUUGUUCUCCUUUCCGCCAACACCUCCGAAAGACUCCACGCCGGACUCAGUACAAACCGCACCUGCCGAAUAUCAAGCCACGAUCAAUGCCUUCAUGCAUCAGGCCCAGGUGACGUCCAGUUGUAUUGCCCAGCAGGCGGCUGCAGCUGCGGCCCAGGAGAGUUGUGUCCUGGAUGUGAAGCCAUGCCUGACGGGGAGUUCCCUUGGACUCGGAAUGGGGAAUGUGGGUGGAAGCAGUAGUAGUGGGGGACUUGGUGGUGGUGGAGGAGGAAUAGGAGGAGGAAGCAAUGGUGGUGGUGGUGGUGGUGGUAGCGGAAGUGGUUCCGGUGGUGGUAGUGGUAGCAGUGGACAUAACCAGCCAAAGCAACGGGAAGGUACGACCCUGAAUGCGACCAGUGCUAGUGGUAGUAGUAACCAGACUCAUAGUGGUUCCAAUAGUGCGUUGUUCGAUACGGCCGGACAUGGAUCGUACGGUGGCGGAUACGACACGGUCGGCUACGGCUAUCAUCACCAGCAAAGUGGUUCGUUUCAACCAAACUCACGAUCUACGGUUAUGAAUAGUUCCCAUCACAUGAAGCCGCAGCGGACGAAGGCUCGAACUAGUGCCGAGGGCCGAGAGUGCGUGAACUGCGGUGCUACGUCGACGCCCCUGUGGCGACGGGACGGUACCGGUCACUAUCUGUGCAAUGCCUGCGGUCUCUACUACAAAAUGAACGGCCAGAACCGGCCGUUGAUCAAACCGAAGCGACGACUGGUUAGCUCCCUACAAAGCGCAGCAAGACGGGCCGGAACGUCGUGCGCCAACUGCAAAACCACAACCACGACCCUUUGGCGGAGAAACCAAGGCGGGGAACCAGUUUGUAACGCCUGCGGCUUGUACUAUAAACUGCACAAUGUAAACCGUCCGCUAACGAUGAAGAAGGAAGGAAUCCAAACGCGCAAUCGGAAAUUAUCGUCCAAAUCGAAGAAGAAGAAGGGUAUGCCCGGAUCGUGCCUUCCGCUGGGUAGCCAUCAUCUGGGCGACCUGAUGAAGCCACUGGACCACAACAAGACUUUCCCGGGGGCGUUUCCCGGUUCGAUGGGUCAGCACAGUCACCUGUCCGGUGGGUUGCAUCCAGCUCACACACACAUGCACGGUGGAUGGUACACUACCAGCAUGGGUGCCCUCGGGUCGUCCAGCAGUCUACAGAGUGGAUUCGGUGGUGCCGGAACGCUGGGCGGUGGAAUGGGACCACACUCGCAAUCGUACCAUCUGGGACUUAAUUCGAUGAGUUGGCGCUCGGAAUACACGUGAUGGAGUACCAGCAAUUUCAACACAAACUUGUUCGACUUCAGCACGUCUCCAAAGUUACAGCAGAACCAUCAGCAAUCACCGCAUCAUCACCAACAUCAUCAUCAUCAUCAUCAUCAUCACCUCAACCAUCAUCAGAGCAGUGCCGGUCUGUUUGAGCAUCAAUCAGUUCCACAUUCUUAUCCUCCCCAUCAUCAUCAUCAUCAUCAGCAUCAGCAUCACGUACCGCUAAGUAGCAGCAAUGGCAGCAGUCAAGAUCUUGACCUGCACAGUCAGCAACAGGCUUUCCAAGAAUCGCAGCUGCAUCAACAUCCGCUGCACCUAGUAGCGACGAGUCCAGUACAAAUUUAAGCUAAUGCUUUUACGUCACUCCCGUGCUAUGCCGCAUUGGCUCGUUUCAGCAAACGUUAGAGAGAAGAAUCUUCCGAUUUGGAUUGGUUUAUUAGUCAUUGAAAAAAUUGAAUGAGUUUGAACAUUUUUAUUAUUGAGAUUUUAGACGAAAUAGACAAAAAUUUUAUCAGACAAAAUCCAGUUUCGGUAAACCUAAAUUGGCAAAAGACAAGUGACGAAGUGUCUUUACACUGCGAACCAAACUGCGUGUUAGCUUCCUGCAAUGGCAAACCAUCACCGUUUGUCGACUUCCACUUUGGUAUCCGCUUUUCAUGAUGCAAUCGCGCCCUCCGUCCGGUCCGGGUGCUGUGAUCCUAAACAAAACAACUGUGCUCGCAGAAGCAACCUAAUAAUUUAUGAGCUAAUCCGACUAGAUAGCAAUCGCGAUAUGUAAUAAACACUCCCGGGUGAUGGCACCGGCGUUGGAUCAACGAAUUCAUUACACGUACGAGCGCGCGAAGUUAAGCAAAAAAUCAAAAAAGGUUCACAAGUUCAGUAAUCGACAGAAUCAAACAUGUUCUCGUUGGGAUUGAUUUCUGUUUCAUAUAAAAAUUAUGAAAUUAAUGGGACGUGAAAAAUUCAACCCCCUUCGGGAAUUCGGUCUCUCUUAGAUUCGACGAGCAAUUCCAAAAAUUGACAGCAAAUCAUCGGACUUCACAUACUCCUAUUUGGAUGAAACUUGGUACACGUUUUCAACGUAGCAAAUUAAUACAUGGCUUUUUGGCCAAUUGGUUUCUCCUCAAAACAUUCAUUUUUCGUUAACGGCCAACGUUUAGAAGGUAUCAUCUUCAUCGUCAGGGUAAAACGACUUCAAAUAUUUUUUUUACAAAUAUUUUUUGUAGUCGUUUUACCCUGAAGAUAUAACCUUCGAAACGUUGACCAGUAACGAAAAAUAAAUGUUUUGAUGAGAAACCAAUUUACCAAAAAGCUUAAUCUUAUCUUAACCUUUCAAAAGAGCGAAUGUAUUUUUUCGAGUACUUUCUUCAAAUCUUGGUUACUCAAAAACCAUUACUAGCACAAAAAUAGUGUCGAAGAUGAAACUGUAGAAAAUCAAAAGGCACUCGAAAAAAUAUACACUGAAAGAAAACGUUUUAUGUUUAUAAGAUUUUUCAAGAAAAAUGAAAAACUUAAACUAAUUGAAUCUAUUUUUUACAACAUAGGGUAAGGGCUCCCUAUUUCAUCUCAUUUGUAAGGACGUCGCUUUCAAACCCCGAUUUAGCCACUAAAAUCACUGUAUUAUUUCAUAUUACUGUUUCAUUCGCCUUGCUCCACGUUGAAAAUUGAUUCACAUUUCUUGGAAAUUCAACUAAUAUUUAUAAAACAGCUAAAAACACUAAUGAUUUUUUCACUACUCUGCUCCUAAUUUCAUCUCAAUGGAUUUUUAUCCACCCUAUCGUUGAUCUUUUAUUCAUCCUAUAAAUUAGCAAUGGCGACAGCAAUCAAAACAAAAUAUUCCACUAUUACACUCUCACCCGCAUUCGCAUGGCUGCCAGAUGGCUGACUAAACGCUGCCAGCUGGAAAAAUAUGGCUUGCAGACAUUCUGGUGACCGACUGCCUUACCGCUGCCAGAUAUACAACUCAAACGAUACAACCGUACCCACCAGGAUUUUUCCACAUUAUUAUUAUUGGUAAAAAAUUUACUCGUUGAAUUAUCUAAUUAAUGGGGCACUGACUUACGGAGAUCUAAAGAACUAUCUUUUAACAUCAUUUUAUUAGUGAAAACAGAUAGAACAGAUAUAGACUUUCUAUGCAAAGUAAUACAUAUUUUCUAUGAAAAUACCUGGCAUCUCUAUGCACAGCCGAUGAAACACACACACACACACUUCACAGCGUUAUGUUGGCGUAAAGCGGAAUGAAACCAGUGCAACUAGAUUUGCCACAAUGGUUAUUUCAUUAGUAUUUAACACGUUCUUUCUGGUAAUAUUCGAAGCAGAAACAGUUUUAUUGAAAUAUUAAUAUCAAUAAUAUAAUUAAACUAAUGUCACGGAUACCAAAAACAUACUUUUUGAUGAUAAUUUGAAGAAGAUAAACAAUUUUUGUUUUGUAACAUUAUGAGAUAACUUGGCAACUUUGCGAAACCAAAUGAGAUGAAAACAAAGCGCAAUCAAGUGAACGAAGUGAAAAACUUUCAUCUCAUAUUUUUGAGGACUUUUAUUGCUUGUCGGGUAAAUUUUGAAGUUUUUAAUCGUUAACUAAACAAGUGGCAAGUGAACAUAACUAAUUAUGAAGUCAUCCAUCAUUCAAUGGUAGUGUAAUUGUGUGAAAUAGUGAUCAUGUUUUGAGACGAAUCGAUUAGUAGAUAUUCUGAAGCAUGACGAACUGUAAAUCUUGAGACGAAAAUGUGUCCUAAAUUGAAAAGUGAGUUUAUUUUAUAUGAAAAAAACGAUCACCGAAGAAUUUAAAACCAUUUCUUUCAAUAGGAAAGUGUGACAUUAGCUUUUCAAAUCAUUUUAAAACAUUUCACAGUUUGCUUCCUAUAGGUUGUAAAAUAUUAUUCAUGUUCAAAGUUAUGAGGUGAAGGGAUGAGAUGGAAAUAGGAGCUCAGAUGAAAUAGGGAGCCGUUGCCCUAUUAUUUUCUGAACUACACAGAAAGAAAUUACGAAUUUUACAGGUGACAUAAUUCUACAAACGAUACAAUUCAUAGCUACAUAACUUGUCGAAUGAUGCAACAUUACAUUCGAACAGAAUUUUACAGGCUCCGAGUGUAAUCUGCACUCGGCUACCAAGUGCCUCUGUAUGGGUUUACAUGUAUUAAUGAUUCAUUGAACAGAUAUGUGCUUCUGUGGUUAAGUCGAUCAGUUCACGUGCUUUGUGAUCUAAUGUUUCUCGGUUCAAGUCGCACCUUGUUGCUAGCGAUCUAUUGUUUUUUUCUUUCAUUACAUUUCAAGCCAUGUAAUAUUCAAAUCACACAAUAUAACAUGUUCGUGAAUAUAAAUUUGUGUGAAAUACGAUGCUCCAUUUAUGUGCAUCUUAUAAGAUGUAAAAUCGCAAGAUUUUUCCGAACUGUUUGUUACUAUUGAAUCUUUAAGAAAAAAAUGGUUGCAUAUUCGGUUUUCAAUUAAUUGUCCAUCUCCACUACUGUUUUCCUUCUCGCAUAUAUUUGGCUGUCAUACGGCUAACUAACGGCUGCCAACGAGUAAAAUCUGGCAAGCUGCCAUUCUGGCGUCUGGCUGCUUCAGCGCAACACGGAACCGCAAAACAACGUAAUUUUAAAUACUUUGGGACUGACAUGCGGCUAAUUUGCAUAUGAAAAAGACACGAGUUGAUAUUUUUCUCUCAUUUUACUGAACAAACCCACAACUUUUACUGCAAUUUCUGAGAGUAUAUUUAGGAUAGAUUUCAUUCCUCAAGCUAACUCAAAAUUUGAGAGAAUCGAUAUGGGACUGAUAUGCGAGUCUGGGCAGUGCAGUUGAGUCGUAUUGACUCAAUUUCAGGUUGAUAUGGUUUACUUAAUUUUAGCUUAUUGAACGAGACUCUCGCUGUUGGGUGUAUUUGGUCAACAAUGGAAGGAGCGAAUGAAAAAAAAAAUCAGAACAACUCAUAAUUAAGUAAAAGGAAUUCAAAUAAUAGGUAGUUUUUAUUUUCCGUGUACCAAACAUACAUCGCUGCCAGCCGUUUGCCAUACCGAUCAAAAUUUUUGGCAUUUUCAGCGAAGGUGUAAAGAUAAAAACGCACGGCUAACUAAGAUACAGGCGACUAUGUUUUGCCAAAUUGGAUUUGACAGCCGUCACUGAAACAAUUUUGGUAGCCGUCUGGUGCCAAAAGACCAUGCGAGAUUCUUUCUGGCAAUUUAUAGAUACCCUUUCGUAAAAGGUUCGUCCGAUUUGGAUGUGCAACUGUUAUGGCCGAGCAUGGUCAUGAUGCAAAAUUACUUUGUCGUUGUGUCUAUGGAUGUAUUGUGGUCGAGUUUUCCUUGCAAUACUUCGCUCAAACGCAUCAAUUGUCUUCCCAGUGAUCCUUUCAUUUGAAGUUUUUCGGAUGGGGAUUUCAGAACAUGAUGAUUAAUUCCUUGAGAAACCAAUAUACGAUCUCUUAGAAUUUCGUGAUAGAAUCGUUCUUCAUCGAAAAAUAUUAGACCCGUCUUUCUUUAAUUUUGUCAUCAGGAUGACCAUUUCCUUGUUGGGGUCGAUAAAAAAAUCGAUUAUUUUCGAUUUUCUUCAAAAAACAUAUUUUAUCAUAAAUCAUAACUUUUGAAUCAUUCAACCGAUUUUGCUAAUUUUUGAACAAGUUGUCAAUAUAUGCCAAUAAUUUUUAGGAAAAAUAUGUAAAGUUUAAGUUUUGGUUUGAAAAGGUCAAUUGUAUAACUUUUUAACGGUCUUCAUGGUAUACGACCAAUUGGCACUAUGUCAUUUUAUAUUUUUUCUGAAAGCUGAUACAAUUUUAUAGCGAUUAGCGAUGCGUUAUUUUGAUGUGACACAUCUUUAUUUUCUAUAUAGGGGUGCAAAUUAGAAACUCAAGGAAAAAUACACGUAGAAAUGUGGUCAGAUUUAUAGCUCAGUAUGUUUUGUAUCGAUUGUUAAUAUUAUUUCAUUAUUUGAAAGAAAAUAUUUCUAUGAUUCGAUUCGAAUGUAUCAAGCCACGUUUUUAUUUCAAUAAUAAAUGAUUGAAAUUUUGAUUAGUAGCGAGCAGUGUCCUAUUUUGUCUGCUAAAAAUCUCCGGCAUAUCGGAUUUCCCUACCAUAGCCGACGGUUUUAAAGGAGUAAGCGAUAUAUCAAAGGAAAAGCAUCGCUCUGAUUGGUCAAUCAAUGCAAAAGCGAAGCUGUUGGAAGCACGCGAAUCUAUAAAUAGAAUGAAAAUUAUAGCUAACGUUUCAGUCCUACGCGUAGCCUGCUAGAGAUCGCUUUAACCGAAAUCGCAGAGUGGUAUAGAAACUUAACGCUAUAAAAAUAACUGCUUUCAUACAAAACUUGAACACAAGCUUGGCGAAGAGAAGCUUUCAUAUAAAAAUCCGUAUCGCAAGUAUGUACAAAGAUAUAAUUGCAUACAUUUGGGAUAUUGGUGUAAUUUCGUCGGCUAUAAAACAAACAAUGUUCGGUGUUGGUUCCUAAUCAAGAUCAAUCUAGGCAAACUCUCGAGCAAUUGCGUAUUCAAAAGUGUUUGAACUGUUUGAUUGUAGAUCAUUAGAAAGUUUGGUUGCCUUGUUCCACAUCAAUGGCUCGAACAACCCCAUGGGGCUGAUCCUUGUAGAUUUUUGUUUUUGAGUUAUAAUAUUUUGAAUAUUUCAAGUUUUCAUAGUUCCCAUGUUUUUUUUGAUUUUCUCAAAAAGAUGUUGUUGAUAAAUUUAUUUUUACUUUUGAACCACUUGACCGAUUCCGCUAAUUUGUGAAUAUUUAGUCAAGAAAUGUCUGCAAUUUUUGGGAAAAUAUGUUAAUACUGCAAAGUUAGAGUGUUGUAUUUUAAAAGUUCAUUUGUAUACCCUUUUAACGGUUUUUAUGGUAGGUAGACCAAUGGACUCUUUUUACAAUCUAAAAGAGAGGUGACAAUGUGUUCAUAUUAUAAACACCAUAAAUAAAUGGAGACGCACGGUCGCUAACAACGAAGACAAUUUCAAAAAGUUUUAUCUCAAAAACAAAAAAUAACGCGUCGUUAAUUUUUGGAUAUGUUAUGUAAAAAUUUUUCAGCAUUCAGAAAAAAUAUAAAACGACAUGGUGCCCCCCGACCGUUAAAAUUUUAUACAAUUGACUUUUUCGAACACAAAACUUCAACUUUACAAUAUUUGCAUAUUUUUCCUAAAUAUUAUAGACAUUUCUUGACAACAUAUCCAAAACUAAGAAGAAUCGGUAAGGUAACUCAAAAGUUAUGAUUUGAAAAAAUGUAUUUUUUGAAGAAAAUCGAAAAUAAUCGAAAAUGGUCAAAAUAAAAAAUAUUUCCGAGUCUAAUAUUUUUCGAUGGAGAACGAUUUUUCCAAAUAGUAGGAAAUUAUAAAAGAUCGUUUAUCAGUUUCUCAUGGAAUCGCUAUAUAAUUAGUAGAAAUAUAAUUAGUUUGUUGAAAAUUUUUCAUUUUAUAAUUGACAUAAAUAUGACGAAUUAAUUUCACGCUAAAUCAUAUUCGCAGUUGGUAAAUUCUUCUCAGAAUCGAAUGAAAUUUUGUGUAGACUAUCACAUUGCAUACUUUGUUUUUCCAAAAUUGGCCCAGACUGUCUUUUUAAAAGGGCAAAACUUUUUUUAUUAGGAGGGCCCUGGCCCCUCCCGAAAUCAAAAACAGAUAUAUAAUACGGCAUACCAAAAAUUAGGCACAUAAACAAACUUCAGUAACAUUAUUUUUUUAUCUUUGGGCCGCUCCCGAAACGAAAUUCUGGGUACGGGCCUGGUUACAACCAUCAUACAUUUAUUCAAAUAGUUGACGAAAAAUGACAAAGCGUACAAAAAGAGUAUUAUACUAAUAAUUUUCGCCUGAAAACCUUUCGUAUUGACUUUAAAACUUUAAAAUCGAUUCGCAAAAAAUAAAAAUUCUAUCUUCUUUUGAUAAACAAAAUUAACAGUGUCUUUUUGUUUUAUAAACUAAUCGGAAAAUCAUUAUGAUCGAAAAAUUUCAUUAAUCGCAACUUGAGAAGAGAUUUCACAAGUAUAAGUAAUGGAGAAGAAAACGUUUUUAGUUAGAGACACUUUUUUCCUAUAACUGCCCGCGUUGCAAUACAUGGACGGUUGGAAGGGAACAUAAUAACGUACCUUGAGGCAAAUUUUCAUUGAACUCGGAAAUAGUGUUCUUUUUCUAAACGUUGACUUUAAAUUUUGAAACCCGUUUUUUUCAGUGUAGGAUUCGAAUAGACGAUUGUCGUGCAAAAUGUUAUUCAGAGUUGGCAGCAUAUAGACUUUAACACAAAGAACCACUUUGUUGACUUUUUUUUUGCAAAUUUUUUUUUUCAGUGUAGGACUCGAUAAGAAUUUUGUUCAGUGUUUUUUAUUGAUAAAUUUGAUUGAUUUUGUAGAAAUCAGUAGUAUAACACUUUUUUAUAGGAUUUAUAAUUUUCGACAUUUGCUCCUUGAACAAAAUUGAUUAAAAAUUUUCAGCCCUUUUCAAAAGACAGUCUGAAAAAUGUUUGCAUAAACAAAGUAUACAAAGCAGCUAUUUAUAUUAUGCCCGCUUAGACAAUUGAUAUCAAAACUUUUUUUCGAAACUUCGACCUUUGAUUCCGAGGCAUUUCGCGAAAAGUCGUUUUGCCGAAUAGGUCAGCGGCGGUCUCUUGCAUUGCUUUAAUCAGUCCUAAACGAGCGGCAGAGGGUUUACAUGACAUUCGACGGAAUGACACAUUUGGCGAAAUGACCCUGAUCCGUUUCAACGGCGUUCCAACAUUGCUACACCACAUUCUUAUAACAUUUAGCGAUGACCACAUUAUUCAAAUAGCAUCUGGGGGUUAAAUCAGGCGAACAUGGUGGAUGUGGUAGAUAUUUGAAAUUCAACUCAUGGAAUUAAGCCAUCGUAUCGAAUAUUUUUUCAUAUUGCAGUGCCCAUGCAAAAUUGUGAACACAUUUCUUUUCGAUAUAUUUGACAAUGUCAGCUAUCUUCUGCUACUUCACUUUUUGGUUUUCCAUAACGAUGGAAGGAAGGAACUUUUGAGACGAUUUUCGGAACAACAGCCUCGUUUGGACAACCAGUUGAUUUGUCUGGAAGCCUGGAUAAUGAUUAUUGCUUUUCUUGCGCAGUAUUAUUUUUUUAAAUAUUAAAAUGAUAAUAUUUUUUCUUCAUUGUUUAAAAUUAGUCAAUAGUAGUUUCACUGAAAGCAAAAUAACUAAUAGACUAAUGAACCGAAUGUUAUGAAAUUAUAACAGAUAACAGGAUGUCUGUAUUGGCCGCCAGAUGAUUUUUUGAAUUAGUGGCGCCAUCUGUCUGUAGGACCGAAGACUUUUUCGAAUUUCAUUUUUUCGGUUGGUUUUGGACGGUUUUUUCAGCGUAUUUUUUAGGUUUUAAUCCUACUUCUCAAUUAACACAAACUUUUAUAAAAAUACGACCCUUUUCAAAAAAUUUUCCAUCUUUAAAUAUCUCGAGAACGCUACAUUAUGAAGGAUGAAGGUAUAUCUUUGAUCAUUUAUCACUCCUAAAAAUGAUGGGUAUCCUGAAAAAAUAAAUAUUAUCGAGUUACAACGAUUUGAAUAGAGUACAAGCAAACUAGAUGAGUUUGACCCAAAUUGGAGUUAGUCAUUUUUUCACCUUUAUUGCAGUUAAUUUCUGGAAUUGCUCACGUAAGUCUGAACGAGUGAAUAGCUAAUUGUGUACAUAUUUUGCGUUAGUUAGAGAAAGGUUGUAAAAUAUGAGUUCGCUCUUGGUUCUGAUGCGAUCCGUCUAAAUGUGCAAUGUUUCCGUUUAGUUUAGUGUUAGUAGCACCUCCCUUAACGUGAAAAGUAUUUCAAGCGUUCAAAACAAAAUAAGAGAAUUGAAAUUGCAAUACUAACAGCUAAACUGUAGACUAAACUACAGGCGCAUAACAAUUGAACAUUUCUUAUCGGAAAGGAAACGAAGCGGAAAACGUAAACUAUUUUCAUGUAGUGAAUGGGAUGGUUAAUACACAGACCAUCGUGCCACGCUAAAGUCUGUAACAAUAUUA